AUGACCGGUUCUGGCAAGACCACCUUCAUUUCGAAGGUGACUGGACGAGACGACCUCCAGAUUGGACACGAUCUCACCUCUUGUACUCGAGACAUUCAGGUUGUGGAGACCAAGAUAGAUGGCCAGACGGUCCGCUUCGUCGACACUCCUGGCUUCUCUGACACAAAUCUCUCGGACACAGAAGUCCUGGAGAUGAUCGCCGACUACCUUGCCGCAGCAUACAAGCAGGAGAUGAAGCUCUCAGGUAUCAUCUAUGUCCACCCGAUCUCAGACACCCGCGUUACGCACCACACCACCAAGAACCUGGACAUGUUCCGCAAGCUCACCGGCGAGGAGAAUCUCAAAAAUGUCAUCUUUGCGACAAGCAUGUGGGACAAGGUGACGGAGAGCGAGGGUGCCAAGCGAGAACACGAGCUCAAGAGCAAAUUCUGGAAGCUUCUCAUCGCGAUGGGCGCCAAGACAAUUCGACACAAGGACACUGCCGAGUCGGCACUGGGCAUCGCCCGUGUGCUUCUCCAGAACAACAAGCCCUUCUACCUUCAGCUCCAGGAGGAGAUGGGCAAAGACAACAAAGCCCUCCGAGAUACGGCCGCGGGCCGUGAAGUUGUGCGCGAGCUUGAGAAGAUGAAGGAGGAACACCAACGAGAGAUCGCAGAGAUGGAGAACCUCAUCAAGAACUCAGCCAAGGACAACGAGAACAUCAUUCAGGCCAUGCGAGAGCACUACCAGGACAGGUCUUUCGGUUACAGCCAGUCUGACUCCCUCUGA